AUGUCAUCCACCAAGAUUGAUUCGUUCGAAACCGUUUACAACGUGCCACUCUCCUGCGACUCAUGCGUGCAGUCCGUUACGAAGGCAGUAAAACAAUUGGGGGAUAUUGAUAGUGUGAAGGGCGAUAUUGAAAAAAACCGAGUCUCGAUUGUUGGAUCAGUGGCUCCUUCCAAGAUUGUCGAGGCAAUACAAUCAACUGGAAGAGAUGCCAUUAUUAGAGGUACCGGAAAGCCGAACUCUGCCGCCGUCUCCAUCUUGGAGAGUUUUGCACCUGGUGACAAACCUGCACCUGUGAAAGGUCUUGCUAGGUUUGUGGCAAUCAGUCCUACAAAGGCUCUUGUCGAUUUGACUAUGACCGGUGUUGAAAAAGGUACAUAUUACCCGGGAAUCAGGGCUUCUGGAAACUUGACUGACGGUGCCCUCAGCACGGGAAAAGUGCUAUAUAAGCUUCCCCCAAUCAACGUUACGGAGAAGGAUUUGGAAAGCUGUAAUGGCGGGUAUAAGGGAAACUCGUUUGUACAGCUUCCUUUGGAUAUAUCCGACAUAGUCGGCCGGUCGUUUGUUAUAUCGAAAGAUCCAGAAAAGACCUUUGUUGACUCUCUCUGUGGUGUGGUUGCCAGGAGUGCCGGAGCUUGGGAAAACGACAAGUACGUUUGUAACUGCACAGGUAAAACAAUCUGGCAGGAACGAGUUGAUGCUCAUCAGAGAGGUAUCACUCAUUAG